AUGUCAAACGCUCAAAUAGGGAUAGAGCUGGUCAUGGCCGGGUCAGCCCGUAAACCGCUAGCUUUAAUCAUAAUCUCAGUCGGAUCCACCCUCAUUAUUGUGGUUGUCGCUCCUCUUGUUGCCAGAUUUCUCACCGCUCUCAGCACCUCCACCAGAAAAUCCAACAAUCGGCAACCCAUUGCCGGCCCAGCAAUCGACAACCCAUCGCUGCCGUCGUUGAACCCAUCGCCACCACCGUCGAACCCAUCAAUCGACAACCCAUCGCCGCCGCCGUCGAACCCAUCAAUCGACAACCCAUCGCCGCCGCCGUCGAACCCAUCAAUCGACAACCCAUCGCCGCCGCCGUCGAACCCAUCAAUCGACAACCCAUCGCCGCCGCCGUCGAACCCAUCAAUCGACAACCCAUCGUUGCCGCUGUUGAACCCAUCAAUCGACAACCCAUCGUCGCCGCCAUCGCCAGCAAACCCAUAG